AUGGAAGAGUCCUAUGUGGUGGUCCAUUCCCCUGGUCUCGAAGAAUCGGAUACCAUUAAGCUGGAGUCGUCAACGAGAGAGACACUCAAACCAGAGGAACCUGUGGGGUCUGCUGAAUCAGAGCAAUUGGUCAAAGUCAACGCUGAGCUACCCACACCGCUAUCCAAUGGACAAACGAUAACUACGGUCGACAAGGAUGUCACCAAGCCACAAAGUACCGUGAGUGUACCAUCCCCAGCUUUACUGCCAUCGGUGACAACGGCUCUACGAUCCAUUGACGCGGCGUUGAUGCUUGUCGCUACUGCCAUUGCUGUGUACUCGGUCAAGCUUGGCCUUGAGAACUUAGGUAAUCUUGUGUGGCUCUAG